AUGACGAUAAAUACUGUUAUUCUUCUUGGAUCGUAUUUGAUCUUGAUGGUUCAUGGAAUUCCAAUAGUGCCACCACCAAAAGCUCUUGCAUCAUCUAUCCACCACACUCGAAUCAGUCCUGAAGUACUUGGUGGUGGCUAUGGUGGUGAUAUGUUAUUCCCGAACCUCCCAUCUAAAAGUAUGAAUCGUGGUGUUGCGUAUGCUGAAGUCAAUAAAUGGCCUUCAGGAAUCAUUCCAUACGACAUGUCAGCCAUUACAAGCUUCAGACACGAACACCAGCGCCCGGAUCGUGAUAAUUACAUUCAUAUCAACUAUGACAACAUUGAUCCGGAAAAGCAUAAUGACUUCGCCAAGCAAACAUGGGGAACGUCGGCAGUUGAUUUAAAAACCAGUUACGAUUACGGCUCAAUUAUGCACUAUGGUGAAAAUUAUUUCAGCGUUAAUGGUAGACCAACAAUAGUUCCAAAACAAGACAACGCUCCUAUUGGCAGCCGUACCAUGCUUAGCCCUACAGAUGUUAAAGAAGUUCGUCUAUUUUAUGGAUGUGUAGCUUAG